AUCACGCUCAAACAUGAGUGAUUAUAUCUCGAUAUGAAGUAAAACUUCAUGGUUUAGUCUCGCUAAGGAAAGAGAAUAGAGAUACCAACCUUUUCUUGUAGAAGAUUGCGUUUUAAAACAGCCACGACUUACUGUGUGCAACCGAUCGCUGUUCCACAGAGACGUCACGACAUGGAUCUCGUGCCCUCUUAUCUAUUUGCGCCUUUCUCUCCAAUACAGUAAAUUAAGUCAUCUAUCAGCUCAAAAUAUGGAUCAACGCGCCGCGAUCCCAGUCACUUUGCCUCGGGACAAUCCCACUCAGAGCUAUUGGCAACUCGAGCCCGAUGAGAUCGCUGACUUGCGCUCGACUAGCUCAUUGCCCGAUAAGGCUGACACUGUCAUUAUCGGGAGUGGAAUCACCGGGGCUGCUGUAGCUUUCAAUCUGCUCAGCAACGGCGCUCGCGAUGUCGUCAUGCUGGAGGCCCGACAAGCGUGCUCAGGCGCCACCGGACGAAAUGGCGGACACACCAAAGCGGCAUCCUACCGCUCCUUCCUAGGCCACCAGAAAGACCACGGCACAGCCAUGGCAGCGAAGAUCGCCCGCAUGGAACUAGCCAACAUCCGCGCGGUCCACGCAUUCGCCCGAGACCACGGGAUCAAAUGCGACAGCACCCCGUGCGACACCGUAGACGUCGUCUACGAAGCGGCGCAAUGGGAGCUCGAUCAGAAAGCUGUUAAGGCCAUGCAGGAUGCGAUGCCGGACGAUGAUGCGGCGAAGUACACCCUGCACAGCCGCGAAGACGUGUGGGAGAAAUUCUUCUGCGGUCGCGGGGGAGAUGAGAGUGUUUGUGGUGGGGUUUCGUAUGAGGCGGGGAGCUUGAGCGCGUAUCAGUUCGGUGUUGGUGUGUUGAAGCUGUGUUUAGCGAAGGGCCUUAAUUUGCACACGAACACUCCCGCGCUUAAUCUGGAGAAGCUUGAGGGUGGCGGCUGGAAGGUUGAAACGCCCCGGGGAGUGAUCACCGCGGGAAAGGUGGUUCUGGCUACGAACGGGUACACGGCUAGCGUCUGGAAGAGGUUCCAGGGCGUCAUUGUUCCGCUCCGGGGACAUGUGACGGCGCAGCGGCCCGGACUGGAUAUGCCGAAGGAGGGGCUACCGGGGACUUACAGCUUUAUCUACGAAGGCGGUUAUGAUUACAUGAUUCCACGACCGAAGGGGUCGAAGUUUGAAGGAGAUAUCGUGAUUGGUGGGGCUUUGGCUAAGGCUCCUGCGGAUGGGCUUGAGGAGUAUGGGACGACGGAUGACACUGCGUUUAAUGAGGUUAUCAUGAAGUCGCUUGAUGAGUGCUUACGCAAGUAUUUCGGCGAUAACUGGGGCGCUGAUAAUUCGGAGGGGAGAAUUCGUAAGUCAUGGACCGGUAUUAUGGGGUUCAGCCCCGAUGGCUUUCCUUUCGUUGGUGAAAUGCCGGGGGAGAAGGACCUCUGGGUUUCGACUAGUUUUCAGGGGCAUGGAAUGGUCUUGUGUUGGAUGUGUGCCCGCGCGCUCGUGACAAUGAUGGGAGACGGCGAUGAGAAAGAGCUUGAUGCUUGGUUUCCCGAAAUAUUUAAGAUUAACGAGCAGAGAUUGCGAUUGACUUUCCGAGGGCGUUUGUCCUGAUCAUAGAAUGAGCCGGAUUAGGAUUAUUAGUUCAAGAGGGCUUCGCCCUCUAUAAUUCGCGAGAGGUUGGGCGAUAUGAUAGUCACUAGUUUAACCCCAUACUUCAGACCUCCAUCCCUAAUCUCCGGACAGAACACGUAAUUGGAAUCUAGAUCUAAUGUGCGGUUUUCGGACGUAUACGUAGGUAGGUAGGUAGGUAGUCUUAAAUAAUAGUAUGGAG